UGAAGGCAGCAUGAGUGCACCGUCACACAUUUGUUGACAGUGAGGAACAACACAUGCUAAGCUACAAGUGGAUGAUAUUAAGCUUUUUUUAUCGUAUGACAUUUUUUAAACAACGACUAGCAGCAUUGUGGCUCUCGGUAUUAUCGGUAAAGUGUCUUACACAUAAAGAGACCCUCAAAGCUGUCUCAUUUCCUCCGAGCCUACCGCAGUGUUGUCUGCAGUUUCCCUGUUCCUGGAUGACACUGGCUGUACAUCUUACUUAAACGUCAAUGCUGGAUACAAGGGCUGGGUUACAGACAUGCACCCAUCCACUCGACAGGACUAUAUAUCUAUAAGCCUUGCUGGACAAGGAAAUUACAAUAACGGAAAGCAGUGGAGGAGGCAGUCCUGCUGGAGGAAAUGGAAACAGCUAUCCAGGUUGCAACGGAGCCUUAUCCUCCUCUUCCUGUUUAUGUGUGGAAUUGCUUCCUAUCCUACUGUUAAUGAACACCUUAGAGGCCUUACAGAUGGAGAGCGCUCCACAGAGAGUAACAGUGUCCUGAGACCCGUCUUCCCUCCUGUGCUGCCUGAGCCUGUCAAACCACUGCCAGAAGAAACCUCCCAGAGAAAACUAUCCCACAAGAGAGGGCCGCCCAUCCUGCACACUCGUCUUCAGAAGAAGGGCAACGGUUCAGACACAGUGGAGGAAAAGAAAGAAAGGGGCGAGGAAGAGGCGGUCAUCAGCUGGCGCGGUGCAGUGGGUAAUACUGAUGAGGACACAGAAGGAGCCAAGGAAGGGGAAAGUAAGGAUCAUUUUCUUGCCCACCAUGAAGCCCGACCUUCAAACCAGACAGAAGCUAGCUUGCUGGAGGCAGUGAAGGAAGCUUUCAGACAUGCAUGGCAGGGUUAUAAAGACUUUGCUUGGGGCCACGAUGAGCUUCGGCCCCUCUCCAAGUCCUACAGCGAGUGGUUCGGCCUGGGUUUGACACUUAUCGAUGCCCUGGACACCAUGUGGAUCCUGGGCCUUAAAGAAGAGUUUGAAGAAGCGAGGACGUGGGUGGCCACAGAGCUCACGUUCAACAAGAAUGUAGAUGUCAACCUGUUUGAAAGCACCAUCCGAAUCCUGGGAGGCCUCCUGAGUACCUACAAUCUGACGGGGGACACCAUGUUCCUGGACAAAGCUAAAGACAUCGGCUCCAGACUGAUGCCAGCCUUCAACACCCCGUCAAAGAUCCCCUACUCUGAUGUCAAUAUCGGAAAAGGCAUAGCCCAUCCCCCCCGCUGGACGUCAGACAGCACUGUGGCCGAGGUCACAAGCAUCCAGCUGGAGUUUAGAGAGCUCAGCCGCCUCACCCAGGACCCCCAGUACCAGGAUGCAGUGGCUGAGGUUAUGAAACAAGUCCACAAGCUGGACGGAAAGCUGGAUGGCCUCGUGCCCAUGUUCAUCAACACCAACAACGGACAGUUCACCCAUCAGGGCAUCUUCACACUGGGGGCCAGAGCAGACAGCUACUAUGAAUACCUGCUGAAGCAGUGGAUCCAGGGGGGCAAGAAGGAGGACCAGCUCUUGGAGGACUACGUGCAGGCAAUAGAGGGUGUGAAGAAGAAUCUGUUGCAGAAAUCUUCCCCUAAUGGCCUCACCUUUGUUGGAGAGCUUUCACAUGGACAGUUCAGCUCGAAGAUGGACCAUCUGGUGUGUUUCCUUCCGGGAACGCUGGCUCUGGGGGCCCACCACGGCCUCCCUGCUGAUCACAUGGAUCUGGCCAAACAGCUGAUGGAGACCUGCUACCAGAUGUACAUCCAGAUGGAGACGGGCCUCAGUCCAGAGAUUGUCCACUUCAACAUGCAUCAGGGCAGCAUCAGAGACAUCGACGUAAAGCUUGCAGAUAGGCACAACCUCCUGCGGCCGGAGACAGUGGAGAGCCUCUUCUACCUGUACCGGCUCACCAAGGACCACAAGUACCAGGACUGGGGCUGGAACAUUCUGCAGAACUUUAACAAGUACACCAAGGUUUCCUCCGGGGGAUACACCUCCAUCAACAACGUCCGUGACCCGGACUACACCAGCCCUCGAGACAAGAUGGAGAGCUUCUUCCUGGGAGAGACCCUGAAGUAUCUGUACCUGCUUUUCUCAGAAGAUCCCAACCUCAUCAGUCUGGACCAGUAUGUGUUCAACACUGAAGCUCACCCCCUGCCUAUAUGGCCCUCCACAGCCUGAGACAAACAUACCCAGGAUUUUAAAUGACAGAUAGAACUGCAAGUAGAAACAGAACACAUCUCAGGGUUGAUCUAACACCAAGAUAAGUCCUGUCUUCUGUCUCUGUGACUGGAGGUCCUGUCUUCUGUCUCUGUGACAGAGGGAGCGUCUCCUUUACUGAUUCCAUCAAUGGUUUCCUAUGUGUGAAAAGGAGCGGGGGUGCGCUUGUGGACUGGUUUAUUAUUUCCCUGGUGGAUUUUGUUGCCUGGACUCUGGUAGUGAGUGUAUGCUGAUGAAGCAGAGGAAGGUUUUCGUCCUCUACAAUCUGCAUUAAAGAAAAACCUGAUAGUGACUUGAAUCAAAGAUGUAUUGAACACAUGUUAGAGGAGGAAGAGUGUCAGACUAAUGAAGCUGUUGGAUGGCUGAUACUGGGAGUUCCAGUUUGAAGCUGUUCAUUGCUUACAGCUGUGAACAUCAAUUCUAACACAAAUUUCCAUUUUAUGUCGGGGGAAAAAAACGUUUGCGUUGUAUCCAGUUAAAUGGUUUCUUAAGCUCGUAUCUGCCAUGGGGGUGCAACCCAGUGCUGAGGUCAGCAGGCUGGUGCCUUGUAGCAGACGGUUACUGACAGCAGUCAGCAGCUGUCUGACCUGAAGCAUCCUGUGUGUCUGCUCCUGCACCCCCCUCUGUCACAGCUUUGUACUGCUGUGACUCCUGCAGGGCUGCAACACAAAGUUAAUGUGUCCAUCACACUGUGUCAUAUAGUCAUUCUGAUUGGCUAUGGCGAUCCUCAGAUCCACAGUAUUCGCUGUCCUGUGCUGCAUUCAUGUCAUACAGGAAAUGUGACUUUGCUGCAUAAAAGAACCAUCCUAAAUCAGUGCGAUUCAAGGACUAACACUCUGACCCUGACUGCAGUGUCCGGUGAUAUCAAGAUAAUAUUUAUCGGUUUGUCAGAGAUGAUCUUGUGUCAUACUGUGGAGCAGGGCUGGAAGCAGCAUUCAGAUGGUCUCAGUAAAAGCACACAUUAUCACACCUUAUUACAUGCCUCAACGGCCCAGCAACAUUGGUUCUUUUGCAACCUGGAAACCAAAAAGUUGUCCCAGUGCCCGACAUGCAUGGUGGACCCUGACUGGCAGGCCAGGCAGAGCUACUGUUCAUGAAUGCAGCAUGGUGGACUUCUACUCUGCAGGGUCUGGGGCCGUGCAGAUCCUUAAACUCUUAAAUUUGACCUUUGAUAAUCAAGGUCUGAAAAGGUCAAGGGCUGUAGGAGGAGGGUGUUUGUUCUUGGGGAGGGAGGUUUAUGUUGCUGCCCUGUAAAGGAUGCUACGUUAUUAAUAACCUCUUGCAAUCCUAUAAUACCUGCAGCCAAGCUGAUUGUUCCCAUUUGACAUGAAUGCAGCAUUUAUCUGUACUUGGGACUGGCUGUGUUCUGAUUCCAGUUGUUGCCAAGCAGCAGAUUUAUUAGUGAACUGUGAAUCUUUUAUUUUCUGAGGCCAUCACUGUGUUAUAAGCAUUAAUGAUUUUGUAUAUUUUGUUGAGAAGCUGCUCUUCACUGAUUAUUCCAUUUCUCUAUCCUUUGGUUUUUCUUGGUAAGGUGUGACAUUCUUCUGUUUGUCUUUGAAAUGAGAUAAGUUCAUUUCAAAUAUAAAUUGAGCAUGCGAUCAUCUUAAUAGUCAGCUGUUCAAAGUAGCAACCUGGCAGCAGCUGCAUUCAUUCCUGUAAAUAUUCCUAGUUUACAUCGUAGCACUAUUCUGUUCUGACUUUGUGUUAAGACCAAACUCAUCUGGUAUAUUCUGUGUAUUUUCCCUUGGUGUUGUUUCACUUGUGCCUUUGAUGUUGCUUUAGACAACAUUCAAAAUACAGCUGUUGACUUGCUGAUGUCUAUUUCUAUCCAUUCAGCCUGUGACAGACAUUUGCAUACGUUGCUGGUUAGCUACAGUGUGAUCAUCGUGAAACUGCGGAAUGCAGAUAUGACUAUUUUUAGGAUGGAAUAAUACAAUCAGGAUUUGUAUUUUUUCAGUCCCUCAUUGCUUCUUUAGGUUUACAGAAAGCUCAUCUCUAGCAGUGUAAGUAUUGAAAUCCUGCCUGCAGAGACUCCAUGACCCCUCCCUUGAUGUUUCAGCAUAAUUCCUGAGCCAAAAAUCUGAUCGACUCUAGUGUUUGAUAUAGUAAAAAUGAAAAGCCAUUUCUCCAAAGCAACCUCUUUCAGGAAAAACUAUUUUCAGUGCUUUUGAUAAGGAUGUGUGGGUGUUGGGGGUUUGAAAUGGUUGAUGAGACAGACUGCUUUAACUGGAGGCUGGAGGCUGCACUCUGCGUGCGCACACACACACACACACACCUCUUUUGUAUUUUUGUUGGUUUUAAUGUCACAUGAUGUAUGAUAAACGCUGGAUCGGCUUUAAAUUUGUAAAGAUUGUAGAAAUUAAAGAGAUUUUAUUGAACAGAA